AUGCGUUCCAAAAGCAGUGACACAGAAGACUCACACCAAAAGCAAUUUGAAAGACAAAGUAAAGAACACAGUUUCCAAGGUCCUGCCAACAUGAAACAGAGGCAGCAAAGUAAAGGCCUAGUCAGUGAGCUGGAUGCAAUCCUUCCAUGUUCCAAGUCGGAGAAGCCACACAGAGACAAUUGCCCCCAAAGAGAAGACCUCUCGAGAGAUGACCUAUUAUUCCUCCUCAGCAUUCUGGAAGGGGAAUUGCAGGCUCGAGAUGAAGUCAUAGGCAUUUUAAAGGCUGAAAAAAUGGACUUGGCUUUGCUAGAAGCUCAGUAUGGGUUUGUUACUCCAAAAAAGGUGCUAGAAGCUCUCCAGCGAGAUGCUUUUCAAGCAAAAUCUGCCCCUUGGCAGGAGGACAUCUAUGAAAAACCAAUGCAUGAGUUGGACAAAGUUGUGGAAAAACACAAGGAAUCUCACAGAAGAGUCCUGGAGCAACUUUUAAUGGUAGAAAAAUCCCACAGGCAAACCCUGUUGGAGUUGGAGGAAGAAAGGAGAAAGCACAGCGAGUACAUAAAGAAGAGUGAUGAGUUCAUAGGCUUACUAGAGCAAGAAUGUGAAAGAUUAAAGAAGCUGAUUGACCAAGAAACGGAGUCCCAGGAAAGGAAGGAGCAAGAAGAGGAGAAGAGGGUCACCGCCCUGAAGGACGAGCUGACCAAGCUUAAGUCUUUUGCUUUGAUGGUGGUGGACGAACAACAAAGGCUGACGGCACAGCUUACCCUUCAAAGACAGAAAAUCCAAGACCUGACCACGAGUGCGAAGCAAACACACGCUAAACUAGCCCUUGCUGAGGCCAGAGCUCAGGAAGAAGAGCAGAAAGCAACCAGACUAGAGGAAGAACUGCAAACACAGACCACAGAGUUUCACCAGAACCAAGAAGCAAUUAUGGCAAAGCUCACCAAUGAGGACAGCCAAAAUCGUCAGCUCAGACAAAAGUUGGCAGCCCUCAGCCGGCAAAUUGAUGAGUUAGAAGAGACAAACCGGUCUUUACGUAAAGCCGAAGAAGAGCUGCAAGAUAUAAAAGAAAAAAUCAACAAAGGAGAAUAUGGAAACUCGAGUAUCCUGACCGAAGUGGAGGAGCUCAGGAAACGUGUGCUAGAAAUGGAAGGGAAGGACGAGGAGCUCAUAAGAAUGGAAGAGCAGUGCAGAGAUCUCAAUAAAAGGCUGGAAAAGGAAACAUCCCAGAGUAAAGACUUUAAACUAGAAGUUGACAAACUCAGUAAAAGGAUUAUGGGCCUGGAAAAAUUAGAAGAUGCUUUCAACAAAAGCAAAGAAGAAUGUUACUCUCUGAAAUGUAAUUUAGAAAAAGAAAGGAUGACCACAAAGCAGCUGUCUCAAGAACUGGAGAGUUUAAAAGUGAGGAUCAAAGAGUUAGAAGCCAUUGAAAGUCGGCUGGAGAAGACAGAAUUUACGCUAAAAGAGGACUUAACUAAAUUGAAAACAUUAACUGUAAUGCUUGUUGAUGAACGGAAAACCAUGAGUGAGAAAUUAAAGCAAACUGAAGAUAAGUUACAAGUUGCUGCUUCUCAGCUUCAAGCGGAACAAAAUAAAGUUACAACGGUUACUGAGAAGUUAAUUGAGGAAACUAAAAGGGCGCUGAAGUCCAAAACCGAUGUGGAAGAAAAGAUGUACAGUGUAACCAAAGAGAGAGAUGAUCUAAAAAAGAAACUGAAAGCAGAAGAGGAGAAAGGAAAUGAUCUCCUGUCAAAAGUUAGUGUGUUGAAAAGUCGACUUCAAUCAUUAGAAGCAACUGAGAAAGAUUCCCUAAAAAACAAAUUAAGACAAGAUACUGGCAGGUCCACAACAACGUUACACCAAGAAAACAAUAAGAUUAAAGAGCUCUCUCAAGAAGUAGAAAGACUGAAACUGAAGUUGAAGGACAUGAAAGCCAUUGAGGAUGACCUCAUGAAAACAGAAGACGAGUAUGAGACUCUGGAACGAAGGUAUGCUAGUGAACGAGACAAAGCUCAGUUUUUAUCUGAAGAGCUGGAACAUGUUAAAAUGGAACUUGCCAAGUACAAGUUAGCAGAAAAGACUGAGUCUAGUCAUGAACAGUGGCUUUUUAAAAGGCUUCAAGAAGAAGAAGCAAAGUCAGGUCACCUUGAGAGAGAGGUUGAUGCUUUAAAAGAGAAAAUUCACGAGUACAUGGCUACUGAGGACCUAAUAUGUCACCUCCAGGGAGAUCACUCAGUUCUGCAAAAGAAACUCAAUCAGCAAGAAAACAGGAAUAGAGACUUAGGAAGAGAAAUUGAAAACCUCACUAAGGAGCUAGAGAGGUACCGGCAUUUCAGUAAGACCCUCCGGCCUAGUCUCAAUGGAAGAAGAAUCUCUGAUCCUCAGGUGUUUUCUAAAGAAGUCCAAACAGAAGCAGUAGACAAUGAACCACCUGAUUAUAAAAGUCUCAUUCCUCUGGAACGAGCAGUCAUCAACGGGCAGUUGUAUGAGGAGAGUGAGGACCACGGGGAGGACCCCAUUGAGGAGGAAUCAGUGCUGUCCUUCAAAUGCAACUCUUCCAUUCCCUGUCCUGUUAAUAGGAAGCUAUGGAUUCCUUGGAUGAAAUCCAAGGAGGGCCAUCCUCAGAAUGGAAAACUACAAGCUAAGGCCAAUGGCAACUUUGUGCAACCUGGAGAUCUUGUCCUGAGUCACACGCCUGGGCAACCACUCCAUAUAAAAGUUACUCCAGACCAUGCCCAAAACACAGCCACUCUUGAAAUCACAAGUCCGACCACGGAGAGUCCUCACUCCUACACAAGCACAGCAGUGAUUCCAAACUGUGGCACCCCAAAGCAAAGGAUAACAAUCCUCCAGAAUGCCUCCAUAACGCCAGUGAAAUCCAAAACUGCUACUGAAGGCCUCACAAAUUUAGAGCAAGGCAUGUCCCCGAUUACCAUGGCAACCUUUGCCAGAGCACAGACCCCAGAGUCAUGUGGUUCUAUAACUCCAGAAAGGACAAUGUCACCUAUUCAGGUUUUGGCUGUGACUGGUUCAGCUAGCUCUCCAGAGCAAGGACGCUCCCCAGAGCCAAUAGAAAUCAGUGCCAAGCACGCGAUUUUCAGAGUUUCCCCAGACCGGCAGUCAUCAUGGCAGUUUCAGCGUUCAAACAGUAAUGGGUCAAGUGUGAUAACUACUGAGGAUAAUAAAAUCCACAUUCACUUAGGAAGUCCUUACAUGCAAGCUGUGGCCAGCCCCGUGAGACCUGCCAGCCCUUCCACACCACCGCAGGAUAACCGAACUCAAGGCUUAACGAAUGGGGCACUAAAUAAAAGCACCAAUAAAGUCACCAGCAGUAUUACUAUCACACCAACAGCCACACCUCUUCCUCGACAAUCACAGAUUACAGUAAGUAAUAUAUAUAACUGA